AUGUCCAAAGUGGUGACCAGAGCACAGUUUGUAAACUCGGUCGAGACAUUUAAACAGGCGUAUGAAAGCACACACUUUGGUCGAAGUAGCACCAAAAUUCCGUUCUCGCAGGAAACCAACCAUGAGAUUUUCGAGAAGCUUGAUUUGAAAAACCAGUACAAAGACCCAUCAGAGAAGCUGCACAUAGUAGACUACAACACCGGAUUCAACAGCUUCGUUUACGACCUAAAUCACUACCUGCACCCACGCUUCCACCUCCUUAUCCCUAACAGCGCGGCAAUGCACAGAUUUUGGAAAAGGCUCCAUGACAAUGAUCCCUUGUGCCGGAAUUUCUACCUGUUUCAAGAGGAUCCACGGUCUCUUAGACACUAUAACUCCGAAGAGCUUAUCAAUAGCGGGAAAAUUGUGCUUGACCGAAAUCCUGCCGAGAAAGUGAACCAAACGCUGCUCAUCACUGGUUCCUACAUUACAACCUCUGACAAGUCAAAGGUGAGAAGCAUGCUCUAUUUCAACCAGAUGCGUCUCGCUUGGUACAAAUACCCAAAAGUGAAGUCUCUUUUUUGGCUGCGUCCAGCGGAUGCCCUGAAAUAUCUCGGGAUCAUGGGAUCGAGGUUCAGACAAACUAAUUCUGUGGUCGCAACCGCUUUCGGCGAAGUGAACGUCAUCGCAUACAGCAAUUUCGAAAAGCAGAAAAGCGUGACCAGGUGCAUGCGGCAAUACCCGAACGCUAUCGAACUGCCCAAGAUGCCUCAACACGAAGACCUGAUGCUGGUCGAGUUCCAAUCGAAUCAGGAUAAAUACAAAAUCGAGCACAUGCCCGAGUUCACGCUGGUCCUGCACAAGCUAUUCAUGUUGCCGAGCUACAAGGUGGUCCAGAACCUGCAUUUUCUCGGUCCGGGAGCAGACGAGUACUUCAAACAGGUUCUUCCUGCGUCGGUUCUCGAAUGCAGAAUCUGUGACCUCCCGAUAGAGGAGCUUGUUGAGAUUUCCAAUUUAUACUUCCGCUGGCCGUUCAAGCCGAUGACCGACCUCGAACUUUACCUAGAGUCAGACAAGGAUCACACUUAA